GCCGGGAUAGCUGAGGACCGAAUUGGGAGGAAAGGGGGGGAGACUUGAGCUUGCGCACUGGAUCCGGGCAGAUCCGCUGUCCAUGCACAGGGAGAGCAAAGUGGCAAUAUCUGCCACCACACCUGCGGCACUCCACUCGGAGGACAGCUCCUCGUCGCACCUUCCACACUCAGCUUCGAGGUUUGAAGAAAUCCAUCUUCCAAGAAGCCGGUGGGGGCAAAAACCGACCGACGGAAAAAGCGCAGGCCAGAUCGUCGGCUUGGUUUUCGGAUUUGGGGGCAACCGAAAGGGGGGUCAUAUCUCCCCGUAACUUCCAUCGAACUUCCUGACGCUUAAAAGGGACGGAAAUGGAGAGCAAAGAACCCCAGCUGAAAGGAAUUGUGACAAGGUUAUUCAGCCAGCAGGGAUAUUUCCUGCAGAUGCACCCAGAUGGUUCGAUUGACGGGACCAAGGACGAGAACAGUGACUACACUCUUUUCAAUCUAAUCCCUGUGGGUCUCCGUGUGGUGGCAAUCCAGGGGGUGAAAGCUGGCCUCUAUGUGGCAAUGAAUGGUGAAGGUUAUCUCUACAGUUCAGAUAUUUUCACACCAGAGUGCAAAUUUAAGGAAUCUGUGUUUGAAAACUACUAUGUCAUCUAUUCUUCCACGCUCUACCGACAACAGGAAUCUGGAAGAGCCUGGUUUCUUGGGCUCAAUAAAGAAGGUCAAAUUAUGAAGGGAAACAGAGUGAAGAAAACCAAACCUUCAUCACAUUUUGUACCCAAACCAAUUGAAGUGUGCAUGUACAGAGAGCCAUCACUGCAUGAAAUUGGAGAAAAACAAGGACGUUCAAGAAAAAGUUCAGGGACACCAACCAUGAAUGGCGGCAAAGUUGUGAAUCAAGAUUCAACAUAGCUGAGAACUCUUCCCUUCUCCCCUCUUCCAUCCCUCCCCUUCUUUCUUCCUUUCCUUGUCCCUAUUCCCUCCCAAUAAAUCCAUGAAGACAACAUUAAACUGGCAAGGCAGGACCUAGUGGCUAAGAUCCUGAACUCAAAAUCUUUCUUUGUGUAGAACAAAGAAUUGGAACCUAACUCUUGCCUGUUGAAACACUUUAGAAAGCAACCAUGCACACAAAUACAUAUAGAAAAUGAAGAAAAAAAAAUAAAUCAGGAUUCCAUUAACAUUUUAAGGCCAAUUGUUUGCUCUGUGAUUAAGGGAAAAAAUCUCUGCAUAUUAUAAUAAAGAUAUUACCUUUAAAAAAAAGAUUUUGGAGAAUUGAACUUAAGUGAUCUAUCCUAAACUCUUUUUAAUACUGGCAAUGCCCUAAUUUGUGAGUAUGCUUUGAUUUCAUGUUUUCUAUGUUUAUUUUUUACAUAUAUUUCCAUCUUUUUCCUAAAGACGUGUUGGUUUUUCACAAUGAUGAUAUAAGGAACGGAUUAGCAUUUAAUUCCUCCAAAAUGUUUACUGGAAACUCCACUUCUCAGAGUCUCCAGUUAUUCUAUCAUUCACACCAUUAAAGUCAGAGACAUUUUAAGACCAUAAAAUAUUGGGUUAUUUUGGUAAAGUUGAGAGGGAAGAGUUCUGAGGCAGAAGGACAGUCUGAGACAAAAUGAUAAAAGUAGCAUUCUAGAUCAUAGAAGGGGAAAUAUCAAACAUCUAUUUUUUAAACCUUGAUACAGGACUUUUAUUUUUUUAAGUCAUCUAUAAGACAAUAGCUUCUAUUAUAAGAUUAAAACAUCCAGUCAUGUUGAACAUUUCAAGCCCUGAAUAUUGAAUAGUUUAAUUUUACAAUUUAGUUGAAUUCCUUUAGCUUGUGGAUUCAUCUCAGGGGUUAUGUGACUAUCUGAAUUUCUCAGUGUUCUGAACUACUUCUGCCAGCUAGGGAAAGGAAAAUAAAAAACAUGGUUAUUCAGAUUUUAAAUAGGAAUAUAAAUCCAGGAAAUCAGUAGAUCUUACUGAACAUUGUUCCUUUCAAUCAACCUUAAAAUCUGUUUAAGGUGCAAUAUAUGUUUUCCUCAAAUUCUUCAAACUCACUAGUAAGUUGUAGGUUUACAAACAUUUAUGUUAACUAACCAGGCACAUUUUUGUUCCUUUUUAUCUUUAGGGAAAAUCAGGGUUGCAAUAUUUUUUUUGUUCAUUUAACCAUACUGAUUAAGAAGCUAGAAAUAGACAAGCUAUUGAGAAACUGGAACUCAAAGUCACUCAGGGUAGUUUUGAAGUAACUCAGGGUGGAGGCAGACACAUGAAUGCUCAUAUAUAUAUAUAUAUAUUUGGGAAAAAAAAGAAAAGGAAUAGACUUCCUCCAAAAGAUUUAGUGUCUGGGAGAAAAGUAAUUUCACUUCAAGUCUGGAAAUCAAGAAAUGAAGAGAAAGAACAUCAGAUUAAGAAAGGACUCUAUAAAAUGAAUGAGGUUGAUGGUAAAUCCUCCCUCUACCAGUUCUACUGAUCAUACCUAUUUCUUCAAUUCAUUAAAAUGUUGGUAGAAAUAUCUCCAAAAACUCUUUUAAAAUUGUGCUUUACGACCUUAAUACAACGUCCUUGAAGUUGGUUAUGCCCUUUUUAAAAGACAACUUAUUUUUCCCAACUAGUUGCAACUUCUGCCACUAGCCACUAUUAAUUCCAACCAAAUACACUGUGUUUUUGUUCAGGGCAAGUAGGACAUUCCUACUUCUGGUGUCAGGAAUUUAGCAUAGAUAGAAAUGGAAUAAUGUGGGCUUUCAUUUGCAAAGGAAGGGAAUAAGGAAUAUGAAGAGAAUGAAGAAACAUUGUUUAGCUCUAAAUAUUUUGCUCUCCUAGGGUAAAGCAAUGGGGCAUAUUCAAAAAUCCUCAUGGCCUGUCAUUAAUACUUUCAGUUUGGGCAUAACAUAAAUGUAUGUGUCACUCCAAGUAUUAAUCAAUGUAGAACAUAAAUCUAGGAUAAUAGAAUAAAAACCUGAAAGUUAGGAAAGGCAAUUUUUAAGUGUGCUUGCCUAGAGAUGAACUAAUGAAGGACAGUACUUCCUUCAUUAGAAACAACCCCUAAAAAAUUAAUUACUACCCACUAUUAGGCAUCAGAGUUCAGACUGAGCAACAGAGAGCCACAUGACUCUUCACAUUUUACUCUUUGCUAAAGUCAGUUUAAAGUGUGUUGCAGAACCCAAUUUGGAUUUACGUUAAUUUUCUUCCAAAUUAGAAAAAGCCUCAAAAUAACGUUUUCAAAUUCAAGUUUGCCUUGUUACUUAAAGUGUCAUACAUGAGACCAAAUUGUCCAGUCUGAACUAAUUCACUGUUCGACAAGUUCCCUCCAAACCAGGCUGGGAGACUGUUUGAGGAGGAGAUUGCUUUGCACUGCUGCCUUUGUAUUAUCUACAUAGAACAUUCUCAGAACUGUUUGUAGGAAGAAAUGAAAAGUCAAAGUUCAUGGUUGUUGAACCAAUAUCUUUCAUUCCCUCUGCACUUAGCCAUUUUUGAGUCCGAAAAACACUAACUCCCAAAGUAACAUUUUGGAUACUGGAUAAAACAAUUCACCAUUUUGGUGAUACCAUUUCACAAGGCUUUCCUUAGCUUUCAUGUUCAACAGAAGCCCUAAUCCCUUCUGCUGUUCUCCCUCUCUCUCUCUGGGUGAAUUCUUUGGACUUUGAAUCUCUAAAAAAGAAACUGAGGUUAUACAGAAAGAGUGUUAACUGGCCCAGGUGAAUAUAGACUGUUUUACAUAUUUUUAGAGCUUUUAUUGCCAACCAUUCAGGUCUGUAGGCUCCCUGCUUACAGUUAUUAAGCUUUCUGGAAGGCACUCAUUGUAGUUUCCGACACAUAGCUUACUGCACACUGGAGCAUCAACCCUGAUUGUUCUCUGUGAGGCUUAGAAAUGAGACAUGUUUGAAAUUGUGUCUGCUAGUUGAGAACUGGAAUAUUUGAGCAGAACAGAAAGACAAAAGGCACAAGCUUGACUGUAGUAAUGGGCCUGAUGGAUUCAAGGCUUGGAAUUUCCUGCUUUUUUCUCUCUAAAAUCAGAUAACAUGCAGCAGGUAGAGCCUUGCAUUGUUUUUCUAAUCAUUCAAUAGAUUGGCUCAUUGAAGUCCACUUCUGUUUAAUAGAAUUGGGACUCAACUGAGGCACUUGGUUUAGAACCAGAAGAUGACUUGUGGGAAAGUAAAUAGAAAGAUGAAUUUUAACAAAAUUAGUGAUGUAAGACAACUGGAAGCUAUCCAAUCUCAAGAGAAACAAGUAGUAAAUGAAGUGAAAAUAAUCCUGGCUGUAAAGUUCAAAUAUCACUACACUAGCUAGACCUCCCUGCGCUUUUAUAAGUUGGGAUGUCCCAAGAGGUGUAAGAUGCACACCCUGGUGAGUCUGUUUGAAUAUAUGCCUGGUCAUAAUACAUUCUUUUUCUUUUAUUACUUUAGUCAAAUAAGCCUUAUGCAAGGAGGGGUUUUUUUGUAAUAUUCCAUUUAAAUGUUUGAGCUGUUCAGUCCAUUAAAGCAUAUCAGUGCCCCCUUCUCCCACUUACUAGCAUAAAAGGCUGAGAUCACUCAAUAUGCUAAAUUUGUAAAUAACAUUUUUUAAAAGGAACAUGUCUAAAAGGUGGAUUGUUCUGCAAAUAUAUGUAUAUAAUAUGCAUCUGAAAUUAGGAUACUAUAUAAGGGUUUUUAUUUGUUUGAUCUGUGGUCUUUAGUCAUAGCUCUAUCAAAGAAAUAAAGAGAUUUGAAUGCAAAAAUUUAUAUAUAUAUGUAUAUUUCUACUGAUAGUAAAAAGUGUCACUUUAUAAUAAAAGAGAAACUGAUAGGCAACACUAAUAAAAGCACAUGAUCCUUCAGAGCCUAAAGAAUUCUGGGUGCCGAUGGUUGGAGAAGAAGUCAUUAUUUCUAUUUUUUUUUUUAAUAUUAUGCUGAACCUUUAUUUCCCGGUAGACAAGAUUGAUGAAGAUAUUUCAGAUAAUGCACUUAAUGCAGUGCUCAGCAUAAAGUAGGUGCCCAGUACAUAUUAUCGAUUGAUUAAAAACAAAGGAAAAUGAGGCAAGCGUAUAAGGUUGAAUGCUUUAAAAUGUGGUUCACUUCCUUUCUCGUAAAUGUAUUGUUUUGAGUCAUUAUAGCAUUCUCAAUUUGAAAUUUUACACGAAUGGCUUAGCAUUCAGGAUGAGAUAUUUAUUUUGGUUAAUUAACUGGUAUAAAAAGUUACACUUCUCUUAAUAUAGCAAAUAAUUGCAGUAAACUUCACAUUAUAAUAAAAAUUGCGUGGUCAGUUGUGCUACAAGCUGGGCAGAUUGGCUUGUUGAUGCUUUGCCUUUGUUCCAAGCACAAAUUGGGAAGAGUGGCACUCCUUUUAAUGAAAGACUCUCAGAGAAUUUGAAAAGGCAAACUCAUCAAUAGAAUUGUUUAGAGCCAUAUUAAAAGGAUAACUGCUUUUCAGCUUAUACAGGUUCCAGACAUAAAGAUGACUAAUAAAUAUGCUGUAUGAGAAACUGAA